UGGGAGACCCUUGUUCUUUAUUGAAGGGGGGUGUACAUCAUGAAGAGGAUAAUUCUGCAGCAGGCAGUUCUCCUUUGCUCCUGUUUGAUACUUGUUCACCAUCAAGGGUCCUGCCAGCCUUAUCUGAGGCUCAGGCCAUCUCCGAGUGAUCAUUUACCUGUGAAGGACAUCAUUGAGCACCCUGACCCUGAGCAGGACCCCAAGGAGCAGGACAUGGAUGAAAGGACAUUGAGGAAAAAGCUUGGUAGUAACUUUGACCCUAAUUUCAUGGCAGUUGUUUUGCCCACCUUUGUUAAUACAUCCAACCCAGACUCAAUGAUCAAGUCUAAAAUUCUUGGCUCCCUUCCCUUGGAACUGAAAAAGAUGGACCUCAGUGAGGCACCUUAUGGUGGCAGAAUCAGAAUGGGGAAGAAAGCCCGUAGAAAGUUCUUGCAGUGGCUGUGGGCUUACACUUAUUGCCCUGUACUGUACACCUGGAAAGACCUGGGGGUCAGGUUUUGGCCAAGGUUCAUCAAGGAAGGACACUGCUUCUCAGAAAAGUCCUGCUCCUUUCCCGAGGGUAUGUUCUGCAAGCCCAUUAAGUCCGUCACCAAGACUUUCUUGAGGUGGUACUGCCAGGGAUGGUCAAGACAGAGGUUCUGCACAUGGAUCCCUGUCCAGUACCCCAUAAUAUCAGAGUGUAAAUGCUCAUGCUAGCUGCUGUUGAAUGGAAAGACUUAGAGAGACGGACUUGGCAGGGAUCAUGCCCCGCUAAACCGAAGGGCGUGCAAGCCGGAGUUUUAUUGCCACUGAUAUCGGGGUUAGUGGAUGGCCAGACAUGACAGUGGACAUAAUCUUUAUCAGUUAACGGGUUGGCAGCAAAAUACUUUGAAGGUUGACGGAUAAUUGUUACCCUUUCCUUGCUUUGUAACAAAGUCACACAUUAAGACGUAUGUUAAACUUAAGACCAGACAGAGGGGGGAAAAAGGUAACUUGAUAUAAAGUACAUUUUAUUUUAUUGUCGCUUGGGUCAAUGGCCAACUCAAGGAAUAUAGAGAUAUCCCAGUUUAAGUGUUAUCACACCAUUCUUGCACUGCUGACAAUUAUAAUUAUUGAUAUUAUUAUUAUUAUUAUGUAUAUUAUUUUAAAGCUUGAUGAAGGAUCCAGGGCUACGCACGUCCAGUCAGAUGAUUUAUUUUUAUAUGUAAUAUAGCUUUCUAGCAUAAUUAAAACCAUAAGAUCAGAUUUUUUUUUAAAUCAAGUCACCAACCUUCUUUGUAAAUAUAUAGAUUUUUUAAAUAUAUAUAUAUAAUAAUAAUAAUGUGUUGUAACUUUCCUUCAAUGUUGCUGGCUUAUUUUAUUGUUGGGGCUAUUUGUAUUAUAUGGUACAUAUGGACCACAUAUUUUAAUUAAAUCCUGAUACACAGACAGAUGUGGGGUAGAAGAUAGUGCUGUUCCUUUAAUUUAACCUCUGCAAUACCAGGGGGUUUGAAAUAAAUUGCUGCAACCCUCACAUCACAUGUCCCACAGUAGCAUUAUAGCGAUCUGAACCUGGACUUAUCAAUUUUAACUAAUAUACAGAUUUGUUUCUUUUCUAUUAUAAUUAUUAUUAUUAAUAAAUUUUAUUGAUGAGCAAAAAUGUACAAAUGUUCUAAAGAUAUUUUAUAAGAGAUUGAAAUCUUGUUUUUCUUGUAUUCGUCAUAGAAUGUUAGAGGACAGGAUGGGAUAUCUUUGUAUACACUUAUUUAUUUUCAUUGUUUGUGUAUAAUAAAAAAACAAAAAACUAAAAAAAAA